CUCAUUUCACUUCCUUUCCAGCUUGCGGUAUAUCUUUAGGAAUUAGUUACCAUGAAAAAUCGUGUUUCUGUUCCUCGUAAGGCCAACAAUGCAUUAAAAUCAAAGAGACGUACUACUAUUGGACGUACUAAAACUUCCAAAAUUUCAAGAAAGAGGAAAACUCUUCAAGGCAUUCAACUCAGUGGCCGGCUUUCCAAAUCCCUCGUCGUUAUUGACGGCACCAACGUGGCCAUGACGUAUGGUCAUGGAAGCGUUUUUUCCGUACGGGGUAUACAAAUCGCAUUGCAAAAAUUGAAAAGUUUGAACAAGGAAGCAAUUGCGAUUGUACCACAAAAAACGAUGAAGAAAAUCUACACGGAUAAUCACUCAUUAAUUCACUCAUUGGCUGAUGCUGGAGAUGUACUCUGUGCUCCAGGAAAAAAUCUGCCAAAUGGUACCAUAACAGAGUGUAAUCCGGAAAGAUUUAUUCUCGAUGCUGCUUAUUAUUACGAUGGGAACGUUUUGAGCAAUAGUGAAUUCGAUAAAAUUGCACAUGAGAAACAAGAAUGGAAAAAUUUAAUUCAAAGUGGAAGAAUUCAAAAAUACCAAUUUAACGGCAAUGAACUGGUUUUACUUUAGAUUUAGAUCAACGUUGGAGGAUCUCACUAAAAAUGGAAAAUAAUCUAAAUUAUAAUGUAUUUUUGGAAAAAAAUAUAUAGGUAAAUAGA